UUUGUGAAAUGUGUGGAAUGUGCUGCUCCGUCUCUCCAGUUGUUUCUACUCAAUUUAUUGUUGUCCUGUGGCGGUAAGCCCUAACUUGUUUUAGCAAACCACACAGCAUGUAACGUUAGGUUAGUUGACGCUAAAAACGCUCAACGUCGUAUUUAUCAAUCGCUGGAAACUAUUUUCGCAACGGAAAUCAUCCUCACAAUCUUACGGAAUCUAGAGUAACUGUUAAUGUAGUGUAACAUUUAUUUUUUUUCGGCAACCGCGGGAUGUUAGCAAACCCCAAUACUUGUUUAAACGUGACGUUUGGGAACGCUCGCGACGUUACGCAUACUUUCGCACCACAUGUCACAGAAGGACGACUCUGAGAGUGACAUUUGGGAAUAUAAACCUCUUGAGAAGAAAAAGAAGAGACACGAAUCACCCUCUGUGACUAAAAGAAGAUGUACUGUCAGAAAACCCUCCAAGAGAGACACUUCUGUCCCAGUCAAAUCACCUGACACGAGGGUCAAGACAGCUGGAAGUGGGGAUAGUAGGAACGUGACUGUUAGCAGUUUCGAGUCACGUGAUACACCCUCAAAGUCAUCUUCUGCCAGUGACCCCGUGCAAACGGACAAUGCUGCUGAGGGACCGUCAUCUGGAGACUUUUGCCCCAUGUGUCAGAUGCCCUUUUCCAUUUUGGUGGUACAGACUCAACGAUGGCAUGUCUCUGAAUGUCUUGACACCCCCAGGGACACAUGCAAAGAAUGUCCAAAUGGUCUUCAGUGCUUCUCUAGCAUUCCAAACCAUUAUAAGAAAUUCAACCACACCCUCCUGGCCCACAGUCGAGCAAACAGUGACACAGCCCUCCUCAGUCUCUCCCAGCAGGCGGAGACAAGCGGGAAGACCGUCUUCAGUUGUCUCCCAGGAAUGAUAAACAAUGAGUCGGAUGGCUCCAUUUUAGAGGAUUCACAGGAUAGUGUUCUCAGUCUUUCUGCCUUAUCCAAUCGUAGUGUCAGCCCUCAUCGUAAUCACAUUGGAACACCUCCAUCUAAACUUACAAAUGGACUUAUGCUACUGCGCUCACCUGGCCCCGAAGAUUUUAAGAAAAAGAAAGGCUGGUCGUCCUCCACUAAAAGCCAAACAUCUAUCAGUUCUUCCCAAGAAAGUAGAACAGAGCUUUCAUCCACUCCGGUCAAUACAGAGAGUGGAAGACAAGCUCGUGAAGAUUUACUCAAAAGAGAAUCUUCCUCUGACAACAAUGAUGCAAUAUCCUAUUCCCCUCUUUCUGAAUUCCCGGCAGAGACUGCAGCCAAUAGAAGUGAAUGUCGAAAAGCACUUUUUAAUAAAGAUACAUUUCAAAAUGUGGAUGAAAACUCGAUGGUGCUGAUCAGUGACGGUUUCUCAAGUGAAGAUGAGCUGCUCACUGACUUUAUGAAUAAUUUUGAAACCAAUAAUGUGCAGGUAAAGGAGCCUGCCUCCUUAAACACCCGGCUGUAUUCAGUUCCCUCAUCGCCACCCACUAAUCCGGCAGCUGCCUCUACAGUCGCUGAAAGCCGAGUUGGUUUCCAAGGUAAAAAAGAAGCUCACGGUAAAUCUACCAGUGCCAUCAGUCCAUGUAAAAGCAGCAUUCAGUCUCCUCAAAGUAUUGUUUUGGAGCGCCUGAGAGAAACUAUUUUAAGCUCAGAUAGCCUGCCUUUAAAAAACUUGAAUGACGACAGUAUUCCAGGACCUUCAUCGCAAGCCUCCAUUGUCCAAAGAUCUCAAAUCAUGUCGCCACAGAAGGUCCAGAUCAAGGCAGGUCAGGCCUCUGGUCUGAAGCAGACGGACAUCGGGGUGUUUUUUGGCCUCAAACCACUUAAGGAGAAGGAGAAAGUGGCAGAGAGUGGAUCAAAUGAACUCAACGCCACCUCUGUUCCAGUACUUGGUGAAAAAUCAGGACAGAGGAGAGAAAGGCAAAGAAAAAGUAGGGCUGUCAAGACCACAGAUACCUCACAGGGCACAGUGACUGGAGAUUAUAGUAAUGUAGGGAAUGCUCAGGGAGAUGCAGGGAAAGGUAGGGCCAGAGGCUGGAGAGGAGGAAGAUGGAACAGAAGGAACGCUAAUGGAGAAGUGGAGUUACCACGUUGCCCCUUCUACAAGAAGAUUCCAGGCACAAAGUUUGUCAUAGAUGCAUUUCAGUAUGGAGAGAUCCAGGGAGUCACUGCCUACUUCCUAACACAUUUCCACUCCGACCACUAUGGAGGUUUGACCAAGAAGGCCACACUUCCCAUCUACUGUAACAGAAUUACAGGGAACCUUGUGAAGAGCAAACUGAGGGUGGCAGAGCAGUAUGUCCACAUCCUCCCCAUGAACACCCAGGUCACCGUCGAGGGAGUCACGGUCAUCCUGCUGGACGCCAACCAUUGUCCAGGAUCUGCCAUGCUGCUGUUCUUCCUGCCCGAUGGACAGACUGUCCUCCACACUGGAGACUUCAGAGCUGAUCCCUCAAUGGAGACCUACCCUGAAUUGCUCGGCUGCAGGGUGCAGACGCUCUACUUGGACACCACUUACUGCAGCCCUGAGUACACCUUCCCCAGACAGCAAGAGGUCAUCAACUUUGCAGCCAACACAGCCUUUGAACUGGUGACGCUCAACCCCCGUACGCUUGUGGUUUGCGGAUCCUACUCUGUGGGAAAAGAGAAGGUCUUUCUGGCACUGGCAGAGGUCCUGGGGUCUAAAGUGUGUCUCUCUCGAGACAAAUACAACAUCAUGUGCUGUCUCGAGUCGGAGCAAGUCAGACGAUGUGUAACCACCGACUGGAAGGCAGCCCAGGUCCAUGUGCUGCCCAUGAUGCAGCUCUCCUUCAAAAAACUGCAGGAUUACCUGGCGCGCUUCUCAGAGCGCUAUGACCAGCUGGUGGCCUUCAAGCCCACAGGCUGGACCUUCAGCCAGCAGGUGGAAUCAGUGGAAGAUGUUCAGCCUCACAUCAGUGGCAACAUCUCUAUCUAUGGAAUCCCAUACAGCGAGCACAGCAGCUUCCUGGAGUUGAAGCGUUUUGUCCAGUGGCUUCGGCCCCUGAAGAUCAUCCCCACAGUGAACAACGGCAGCUGCGCUAGCAGGAAGGCUAUGGAGCAGUGCUUCAGUGAGUGGCUCGUGGAAACUAAAAAUAAACUGUAGCUUGUUUACAGGUCAACUUUGUUCACAGUGGAACUGAUUCCGCUCUUUUAGUACCGGUACUCUGAGCAAAUUACAUCUCAAUACUGUGUGACCAUGGGAAACAAAUGUAAUGCUUUUAAUGAUUGUUUUAAAAAGUGGCUUGCGUCAGAACACUGAGCUCAUAACGGUAGCAUUUAAAUGUGGAGCGAGGGGUUGUGAUGAAGUAAGUGAUCCUGAACUGCAAUAUCGUUUAUGAAAGAAAGGCUCAAGUAUAUGCUCUUGAGCCAAUUUAUAAUAAAGGUUAUGCUUUUAUUCACAAUGGACUGAAUUACAAUGGCCCACAAUUCUGAAAGCUGUUUACACAUGUGAAAACAUUAUCUGAGGUCAUAACACGCAUCAUGUUGACAAUAAGACUUACGUAUUAUUAUUAUUAUUACACAAUGGAACUGAAUUAAUUGGAUGUGUUUACUGCCUGGCUACCUUCACCCUUACAUUUGAUAGCUAACAAUAAAGUACUGCUUUAAAAUUGUGCAAUUUCAUAACAAUCUAUUUUGUUCUAUUAAGCCAACUUUUUAUGCUGGAAAAUAAUAAAUGUUUUAAACGCU